UCUCGAUUGGCCUCCCACUCCCAUUCCUCCCGUCCUGAGAAAUCAUUGCUUUUUUAAAAAAAACACAGCGCGGAGGGGAAAUUCGGCUGGGGACCUCGCCGGCCGCGUCGGUCAAGGGCGACGGCCACCGUACUGCGCUCAAUCAGCGCCGCCGAUCUGGUGCGCAGCGCGCAGCUUAGGGUUUGUGAAAGAUGGGGACCUCUUCCGGCGCGAAUUUCCACCAGCAGCCGCCAUCCCAGGGGAUGCUGCCGCCUAGGCACGGUCCGCGUCCCACAGGGCUUCAGACCUCACUCUCGCUGGCCUCGUCGGAGCAGGUCGGCUCGCUGGACACGCAAGAGCCCGGCUCCAACUCUGACCCUGGGCAUGACUCCGCCACUGAGAGCGCCAGUUCCAGGGAUACGUGGCCUGUGGAGCCAAAUCAGAGCAAUGGUGGUGCUGCUGCUGGUGCUGUGAAUAAGGCGGACAAGGAGAAGGAGGUGUCAAAUGGUGUCUCCAAGUUGCAAGUUGUCUGCGGAGCCUCCCGUGUUGGCGGGAGGUUGCUGCGGGAGGUUGCUCGGGAGAGGGUUGACUUGGUCGCCGAGAAAAUGAAGGUUUUGCCAGAGGAGCACCUGGAGGGGAUCAAGAAUGAGCUCAGGUCUAUUCUGGAGGGCUCUGGGGGUUCUCACCACAUUGAAGAGUUCAUGUAUCUGCAGAAGCUUGUCCAGGACAGGGCUGAUUUGACACCAUCCAUGCUUUCAAUGGCUCACCACGUGCAGCUGGAGAUCCUUGUUGCAAUUAAGACUGGAAUACAGGCCUUUUUACACCCAAGCGUUACCAUUCCCCAGAGUCGGCUAGUGGAGGUCUUCUUGUACAAGAGGUGCCGGAACAUUGCUUGCCAGAGUGCUCUCCCUGCUGAGGAGUGCAGAUGCAAUGUAUGUGCUAACAGGAAUGGCUUUUGCAACCUCUGCAUGUGUGUCAUUUGCAACAAGUUUGAUUUUGAGGUCAAUACAUGCCGCUGGAUUGGGUGUGAUUUCUGCUCUCAUUGGACGCAUACGGAUUGUGCAAUUCACAAUGGCCAGAUUGGAAUGGGGCAAUCAGUGAAGAGCAGCACUGGCCAUGCUGAGAUGCUUUUUAGGUGCCGAGCUUGCCAAAGGACCUCAGAGUUGCUGGGUUGGGUUAAGGAUGUCUUCCAACAAUGCGCUCCUGGUUGGGAUAGGGAUGCUUUGUUACGGGAGCUUGAAUUUGUUUGUAAGAUAUUCCGUUUAAGUGAGGACCCAAAAGGGAGGGUGUUGUUCAGGAAAUGUGCAGAACUGAUUGAAAGGUUGAGGAACACUCCUGCUGAUUCCAUCAAUCCUAGGAUGAUACUACAGGCGCUCCAAGAGCUUGAGAUGGAUUCUCCAAAGAACUCUGAAAAUGAUGAUUCAGGACGCCUGAUCACUCCCCAGGAGGCCUGUAAUCGCAUUGCAGAGGUAGUCCAAGAAGCUGUAAGAAAGAUGGAGCUUGUUGCCGAAGAGAAAAUGCGACUCUACAAGAAGGAUCGUCUUGCUGUGGAGGCCUGUGACCGGGAGUUGGAGGAGAAGGUCAGGGAAGCGCAGGAGCUCAAGGCUGAGCAGCUGCGCAAGAAGCAGCAGGUAGAGGAGCUUGAGAGCAUCGUCCGGCUGAAGCAGGCCGAGGCUGAGAUGUUCCAGCUCAAGGCGAGCGAGGCCCGCCAGGAGGCCGAGAGGCUCCAGAGCAUCGCCCUUGCCAAGUCCGAGAGAGCUGAGCAGGACUACGCCAGCAUGUACCUCAAGCGGCGCCUGGAGGAAGCGGAGGCAGAGAAGCAGUUCCUCUUCGAGAAGAUAAAGCUCCAGGAGAACCGUAUGCCCUCGCUGGCGAGCAGCAGCAGGGCUGGUGUCGAUCCCGCGCAGACGCUGAUGCUGUCCAAGAUCCAGGACCUCCUCAAGAACGUCCGCAGCAUGCCGACUAAGUCGGAGGGGCACUAGUUGCUGCUCAGGUUGGUAACUAUAUGUAUUAUGUUGUGCUGAUGCAUGCUGAUCUCUUCAGUCUUCAGUGUAAAGUAGUAUUAGCAUAAUGGGCGGUGCCCUGAGAAAAUCAUAUCCUUUCAGUUGUUGUAACGUUACUGGGUCUCUUGGUGCUAAUGGUGUGCCGUUAUUGCAUUCGCUCCUGUUAAAAUUUAAUUCAGUAGAUAAGAAACACCUGAAGCAAAUAGUGAUGUAUCUAUACGUUGCCCUUGACCAAAAAAUGGCAUGUAAUUUAUGGUCUUGGCUGACGCUGGUAAA